AUGAGUACUCGUAUGGUUGUUUUUCUCUCUAGCAAUCGCCUCCAGCAGCACGAAAGGAGGCCAUUUUUCUUUACCAUGUAUAUGGAUAUUCUUGAACAAGAGGUGGAGCACCUCAGUGCAGAGGUGAUGCGGCUGCGCCUCAUGGUGCACCGUGUGACACAGGCGAUGGAGGCACCGCUACCCGAUCCACACCACCACAGCAGCCAUGUAGACCCACUGCAGGUGGCACUGCUUUCUAAAGCCACCAGCUCCGGUACCCCGAAAGACCUACAAGCUACCUUGGACUCGUACAAAGAGAUACUAUCGCUGGUGCAACUGCUUCUGGCGCAGCAGCAGCAGCAGCAGCAACGCAACGACGCUGAAGUCUCCCACGGCCGACGAAGACGACAGUCGUCACGCCACCGCGGCCAUCCAAGCAGAAAUCUCCGACCUGCCGCAUCUCGCAGAGCCGGCUCAUCUAGUUCUCGAUCCAGCCCAUGUGCCGCGUCAUCAAGGAGCCGGUCACAGAGGUCCUCCGACGCCUCGCUUACCAUAUCCUCGUCGCACAUUCACGGCAACAAGCCGACAAGCCUCCCGUCGCACAAGAAUGCAGGACCAGCACGCACACCCUCGCCGUCUUUGACCACCACCUCCUCCUCCUCCUCGACGCCCGUGGUGAUGAAAAAGGAUGGCCACGAGAAGCGCACUGAGCCCGCAAUGGCGCAGGGGCAAGAUGACACCCUCUUCGCCGGCGAGCGAAGUACCAGCGCGGACCCCCUCCAUGUGGCGCCAACACGAGAGGAGCCACCAUCGGCAAACGCGACGGCGCCGACUCCCAUAGCGACCUCUGUCGUGAGCCGCCUACGAGCGCAGCGGCAACAAGAAGCGCUAAACGAGCAGGAGAGCACCCCAGACCGCAGCAAUGUCAUGUCGAUGGUAACGUCGCAGACCCAGUUGCCAACCACAUCGCCGUCACGGUCAGAAGUGCGUCGCACGUAUCUCAUGAACGCAACCACAGUGGCGAGCCCCAGGAAGAAAGUUGCCCCGGCGACGGAGCCGGCAGCGGCCACCUCUCUGCCGCGCCAGUCGACCAGCAUCACUUCAAGCAAACGGCAGCUGGCGCCGUCAGAACAGGAGGCCGAGCGCCGCGCUGCUUGGCAGCCAGCAGAAGGGACAGGCCAGCACAGCCUCUCGGCCUUUUCCCCCGGGUGCGAGGCACCGGGUGCGCUGUCCGAGGCGCCCGUGUCCAGCAAGCGCACCUCCUUGCAAACCGGCUCCUUGCAAUGCGGUAGUGUUGGGAGUAGCAUCAUCCAUAGUGAGCAAGGCAUCUACAACUACAGCGCCCUGCCGUCGGCUUACAACUCCCCUGUGUUGAGCCAUGUGCCGGAGGACGCAACAGCAGCAACGAGAGCGGUCCAAGCUGCGUCCACGCCAUCGCCGGCACCGUCAGCGCAAGCCCCCUCUUCGCAACAGCGUCACAACGAGCUGGGUCUGCAAGCGAGCGCACCGUCGCCUGCACAGGAAUGUGCGUCAUCCUCGAGCAGCACAUCGCAGGAGAGCGCUGAGGGGGAUGCGGCAGAGCUGCAAAACGCUCUGCAGGCAGUGAUCCCGAGCCCGUACAGAGCAGGCGUGAUCCUCGGCGGCCGCCAACCCAUUAGCGUGCAGUCGAUGAACAUUCCCUCUGCCUUCGUCACGGCUUCGACCAGGGUGGGUGCCGCUGGACGCAACCCAGCUGCUGCGGCGAUGCUCAGUCGUGACGACUGCGCGGGCGCCGCGUCGCGGGCGAAUCUGUUGCCGGCGUUGCGACGGAUCCCCUCCGACAGCAGCGCGUCCACAUCGUCCUCAUCCAACAUUGAGGCCUUUUGCCGUCCCUCGCUGCGUCAGUCCACCGAAGCGCACCACCGCGAUUCGAGCUUCCACGACUACUCAGACUCGGCCUCGUCGCAACCGCGAUCGCAGAACGCCGGGAUACGUUGCUCAGAGGGGCCGCCUGUAGACCCCUACGCGUCCCAGAGCCAGGAUGCGUACAGCUUCGCUUCCUACUCGCUUCAGCAGUCUAUCCAGCACUCCUCACGACAGAAAGGCAGCGACGCCUCGCCGAACUCUUCGCGGGCGCUUUCGCACUCCAUGCACCCACCCCAGCUCGCGCAGAGCGUUUCCCUCGCCACCUCGUCUGUGGGCCAUCCAGGCUCCAUCUCGGCUGGUGGGUACUACUACGGCUACAACUUGGGCCUCGGCAGCCCGAGUCAGCGAAGCCUGGCGCUUUCCCCCAUUGCCGAGGCACAGCCUGUCGUGCGGUGUGAGGAGCGCGCCAGUACGUGGAGCUUGUCACCACCGCGCGUAACGAAGGAUUGA